AUGUCGUCCGAUCUCUACUCACGACGAGAAUCCGACGAAUACCUCCUCGACCCCAAACACUUUGUCGAGAAGAAGAACAGACCGAAACGAUGGGAUUGUCUGCGUCCGAUCAUAUACACCUCACUUGCCUUUGUUGGGUUCAUCGAAAUCCUGUUCCUGGGCAUUUUUUUCGCCCAUGCCACUAGGAAAAUGCCAGAGCCGUUGUUGGGUGAGCUAAAUGGAUUGGUUGGAGACUUUCCUGCUCGGAGGGUUAUUUUCCGCUCUGCUCCGUUAGCUGCCUCGGAUCACAAGACAGAGGAAUCUAUGAAUGCUACGAGGAACAACUGGUUGUCAUAUAUGCCCCGAGGAAAUGGCUUCAUCGCAGUCAAUGGGACUGAGCGAUACACCCUGCCUCCCCCCAUCAAGCAACUAGGUCAAGUCACCUAUUCGAUUGCAGUAUUCCACCAAUUACACUGCCUGUACUCAAUCAUGUCCGUUCAUAUCCACACGCAUAACCACAUCGACCAUUGUUUCCAGUAUCUGCGCCAGUCACUGCUCUGCUGUGGGGAUACUGCGUUGGAAGGACAGGAUCCAAGGACGGAUAAACCAGGGACGGAUGGAACAGGUGCAGUGCAUGUCUGUAAGGAUUUCGAUGGGAUCAUGGCUUGGGCGGAUAGUCAGCGGCUUGUGGAUACAAAGCAUCCUUAG